UAUGCACAGGGUUGUAAAGGAAAUGAUGAGGUUAUUUUUGUGUUUACGAAUGUUACAGCCUACGAUUGUCUGAUGUCAUGCAUUGAAUGAACAACGAAACGAUUACAAAUUACAUGAGAACAUCAUAAGAUACUGGUUACUUGAGGUCACUCGCGUGUAUCCGCGGAGUGGGCGACGUGUCUCCAAAUCCUUUUCGCUGCAUCCUUGUUUACUUGUAAUUUUAACAUCCUGUAUACAGCAUGUUAACGUGUGAUUUGUCAAAAGAGAAUUACGCCUCCGUGUCCAGUGUGAACCGAAUUUUGAAGUAGAUAGCACCAGAUAAAUGUAAAAUCAAGCAAGACUCGUCUGAUGUUAUCUGGUAACAAAAAGCGGUAGGAGAGAAGACAAAAUGUUCGAAACAUUCCUGGCUUCGAUCCCAAAGAGUCGUUCGGAGAUGGUCAACGAGCUGGACUUACCUGACGACCUCGUCGCGGCGCCUAACGUCUGGACGGAGCGGGAAGACUCGCCGGAGACCAGUGAGAGUUUGAUCUCCGCUGGUCUCGAAGACUACGACGCGAAGACUCUCAGUACGGACUCUAGUCUCGCUCUAUCACGAGCUAUGACCGACUCCGAGAUCGAUUACGAGAGAUAUCGUAGAUACAAGAACCGAAGCUUUAGUGAUCCGUGGAUCCAGAUGAAAGCCGUUCUCGAAUCCUUUCCAAGGGAUUACCUUACUUCAAUAAAGAGUUUCAGGUCAUCCUCCGAGUUGUCCGAGGAGGUGAGGAGUUCAGAACAGCGCCUGCACGCCGAGGAAUUACGUCUGAAGAUGGAAAGGUUUUUCGAUGAGGAAUGCCGCAUGUUCUCCCCAGAUGAUCCGAGCUUGCUCGCUCUUGAAGAGGCUUUACAGGACAUAGAUAUUAAAGAUUCCGAUUCUACUAGGUCUACGCCAUAAUAUCAUCACUUGGAUCCUAAAAAUAGGUUUGCAGUCUUUAUGACAAUAUUUAUAAUUUUUUUUAUCAUUUAAUAAACCAGUGCUUGACAUCAAACCAACUCGAUAGUAAGUGGCUAAGUCUAAAUGUAAAUCCAGUUCAUUUCGUAGGUACCUGUUGUAUUCAAAUAAAAGACAAAAUUCGUGUAAAAUGUAUUUUAAUGGGAACGAUUUUUAACAUCACAACAGUUGUAUGUCUAUUGUACUCUGAGCGUGAAUCACAAUACAAUUUAUUGAAAAAAAAAUACAGAUGCAUUCUUUUUGAAGUCGGCUAAUAAUAGUUAUGAACUUUGGAAGCCUUGACAUCUUAUUAAGUCAAAAAAGGAUUUCACAAUAACAUAAAGCUAAGAAUAUAAAACAUAUAUAUUUUAUUGCACAUAAUUUUUUGGAAAUAUAAACAAAACUUAAAUUAUACGAGUCUUAGAAAAUAUGAAAACGCCCAAUUACUUAUUCGAUUGCCUAUAACGAUUACAUCGUUGGAUUUUAAAAGUAAUUUACUGUAAAUUAAAAUUCUAAAUAACAUUUCAAAUAUUAUUGAAAUCUACCUUGGCGUGUGUAAUCUGGUUUGUGCGCGGUUGUCAAAAUUUUGACACUGACAAAAUGGUAUUUGGCGCGAAACAUA